CUAGGAAAACCAGAGAACUUUGUUCACUUGUCUGCUGACCUUCCCUCCACUACUGUCCUAUGACCCUGCCAAAUCCCCCUCUGCGAGAAACACCCAAGAAUGAUCAAUAAAAAAAAAAAAAAAAGGAAUUAAUGCGAGCACUGCCACCUGCCUGGGGCAGCCUUAGGGCAGGGCUGGCGGGGGCGACCUGUGCUGCUGCAGUGCAAGACUCAGAGUGCCGUGGCCCAGCACCCGGUAGCUUGUCCAAAUGGCUCUGGCUCAACAUUGGUGGCACCUACUUUCUCACCACCCAGCAGAUGCUGUGCCAGGACCUGAAAUACUUCCUGUACUCCUUGUAUCAGGCUAACCCCGACAAGGAUGAAACUGUUGCCUAUUUAAUGGGCAGAGACCCCACCUAUUUUGGGCCUGUGCUGAACUACCUGAGACGUGGCAAGCUGGUGAUUAACAAAGACCUUGUGGAGGAAGGAGUGUUGGAAAAAGCAGAAUUUUACAGUAUCACUUCAUUAAUAAAACUUGUAAAGGACAAAAUUAGAGAACAAGAGAGCAAAACAUCACAGGUGCCCAUGAAGCAUGUGUACCACGUGCUUCAGUGUCAGGAGGAGGAACUCACACAGGUGGUGUCCACCAUGUCCGACAGCUGGAAGUUUGAACAACUGGUCAGCAAUGGCUCUUCUUACAACUAUGGGAAUGAAGAUCAGGCCAAGUUCCUCUAUGUGGUGUCCAAGGAACUUCACAACACCCCAUACAGUAUGGCCAGUGAACCCAGCAAGAAGGCCAAGAUUUUGCAAGAACAAGGUUCAAGGAUGUGAGGGACACAGUAUUGACAGCUGAAAAAAUGAUUUACUCUUUCCCGAGAUGCAAUGAACUACCAUGUCCAGGAAGCUUGGCUGCGAGAAGGAACCUGCUUUUGAUCAUUUUUCUAGAGAUCUGGGUGUGAAUCCUUUUUGCUUCUGAGGUGGGUGGUGAGAGGCAGGUCCAGCUGUCCAAGGCCAGGUGUCCCCAAGGGGAGGAGCAUGGCGGCCAGGUGGGUACUAUCUCUUGAGGGGGGCCAGAGACUGAGGCAGAUGCUCCCAGUCAGCCCACUCAAUCCCCGAAGAUCAUGUAAAGGACAGAGUUCUUGGUACUACACAUAGUCUGUAAA